AUAUUGAAAUGAAGUGGAACUUAAUUUUUUGCAGGACAGAUGGAAGUUUUGUGGUUCAUGAUAUACCUUCUGGAUCUUACGUAGUGGAAGUUAUAUCUCCUGCUCAUAAAUUUGAACCUGUUCGAGUUGACAUAACUUCAAAAGGCAAAAUGAGAGCAAGAUAUGUAAACUACAUCAAAACUUCUGAAGUCGUUAGGCUGCCAUACCCACUUCAGAUGAAAUCUUCUGGACCUCCUUCCUACUUUAUAAAGAGAGAGUCUUGGGGAUGGACAGAUUUCCUCAUGAAUCCUAUGGUGAUGAUGAUGGUUCUUCCAUUACUGAUAUUUGUGCUCUUGCCUAAAGUUGUCAACACCAGUGAUCCUGACAUGAGACGGGAAAUGGAGCAGUCGAUGAACAUGCUGAAUUCCAACCAUGAGCUGCCGGAUGUCUCUGAAUUUAUGACAAGACUUUUCUCCUCGAAAUCUUCCAGCAAGUCUGGUAGUAGCAGCAGUAAAGCGGGGAAAAGUGGUGCUGGGAAAAGGAGGUAGUUAUGUCUUCCUCCUAGGCCUGAGGUUGCACAACUGUCUGUUAUGUGAUAUCAUGUCUAUUCGUCUUGAAAGAUCAAAAAGCCACCACUGUAAACUUUAAUCAGGCAUGAAAAUGGAGUGCUACAACUCUUGCGUGUAGCUUUUUUUAGUCUAUUUAAGCAGUUUUGUACUUGACAGUAAGCAAAAGAAGACUUUGCUUCAAUACUGUAUCCGUGUAAAGUCACUGAUAUACUGAUUUAAUUAUAUUGCUCUGUAGAGAAUGAUAUAAAUUAUAUGAUGUGAUGAACAGUAAUGAAUGUCUUAAUGAUGAGACAAUAUAUAAAGAAAUUCUUUCAACGAUAA